AUUCAGUGAGUCGGAUUCCGUCGGGGCGGGUCGUCACUGCAAUCUAUCAUAUUACACUUCAUAUUUUGUGUAUUUUAACUUAACCGUAGGGCGACCCGAUACCUAACCCGACUUAACUAGAGUACUUAAUAAGACUUAAAAAUGUUGCAUCUAAAGAACAUAGCCAAAUCAGUGGUUCCGCCUUUGAAAAAUUCCAUUCAAAAUGAGGCAGUCAAUAAUAUACUCCGAAUCACGCCUGCUGCUGUUAACGUGUGUUGCCGAACCUACGCAAGUCAUGAGAUUCCAGACAGGCUUAAAGAUAUACCGACCAGUGCAAAUCCCAGAUUUUUCGACAUGGUUGAGUAUUUCUUCCAUAGAGCUUGCCAGGUAAUAGAAGAUAAAUUGGUGGAAGACAUGAAAUCAAGAGUCUCCAUCGAGGAAAAGAAAAAGAAAGUCGCCGGUAUUCUGAACAUGAUGCAGCCUUGUGAUCACAUCAUUGAAAUCCAGUUCCCAUUAAGGCGUGAUUCCGGUGACUAUGAGAUGAUCCUGGGAUACAGAGCUCAACAUUCCUCACACAGAACCCCCACCAAAGGAGGUAUUCGCUUCUCGACUGACGUGACCAGGGAUGAGGUGAAAGCCCUGUCUGCUUUGAUGACCUUCAAAUGCGCCUGCGUCGACGUGCCAUUCGGCGGAGCCAAGGCAGGCAUCAAAAUCAACCCCAAAGAAUACUCUGAACACGAACUAGAGAAGAUCACCCGUCGAUUCACCCUCGAACUCGCUAAGAAAGGAUUUAUUGGGCCCGGUGUAGAUGUCCCAGCCCCAGACAUGGGAACUGGCGAGCGUGAGAUGUCCUGGAUCGCCGAUACUUACGCAAAGACCGUUGGCUACCAAGACAUCAACGCUCAUGCUUGCGUUACUGGCAAACCCAUCAAUCAGGGUGGUAUCCAUGGCAGAGUGUCUGCCACCGGCAGAGGAGUGUUCCACGGACUGGAGAACUUCAUCAACGAGGCAAACUACAUGAGCAUGAUCGGCACAACCCCCGGGUGGGGCGGUAAAACGUUCAUAGUGCAAGGUUUCGGUAACGUGGGCCUGCACACGUGCCGUUACCUCGUCCGCGCGGGCGCCACUUGCAUCGGUGUCAUUGAGCAUGACGGCGCCAUCCACAACCCCGACGGUAUCGACCCCAAGGCCCUGGAAGACUACAGGAUAGACAAUGGCACCAUUGUCGGGUUCCCGGGGGCGAAGGCCUACGAAGGAGAGAACAUGUUGUACGAAAAAUGCGACAUCCUUGUCCCAGCUGCUGUGGAGCAAGUCAUCCACAAAGAGAACGCCCACAAAAUCCAGGCUAAGAUCAUCGCUGAAGCUGCGAACGGUCCGACGACGCCGGCCGCCGACAAGAUCCUCAUCGACCGCAACAUCCUCGUCAUCCCCGACCUGUACAUCAACGCUGGCGGUGUCACCGUCUCCUUUUUCGAGUGGCUCAAGAACUUGAACCACGUCUCCUACGGUCGUCUCACGUUCAAAUACGAGCGCGAAUCCAAUUACCAUUUGUUGGAGUCGGUACAGGAGUCGCUCGAGAGGCGUUUCGGCCGCGUCGGAGGUCGCAUCCCCGUGACCGCAUCUGAAUCCUUCCAGAAGAGGAUCUCUGGUGCUUCAGAAAAAGACAUUGUGCACUCCGGCCUCGACUACACUAUGGAGAGGUCCGCUAGGGCCAUCAUGAAGACUGCCCUGAAGUUCAACCUGGGCUUAGAUCUGAGAACGGCGGCGUACGCCAAUUCCAUCGAGAAGAUAUUCACCACCUACGCGGACGCCGGUCUCGCAUUCUAAUAACUCCUUAGAUAAAAAAAUAUAUAAAGUAUUGUCUGCAUUUUAUAGACACUCGUCUUAGACCCUCUGCACAUAAGCAUAAACUUUAAGACAUUAUUAUUCACAGUAUUUCCUAAUUGGAAUCAUAGCUUUUUUACUUUAUCGAUAAGCAAUGCAUUGUUAAACAAUUUAAGUUGAAAUUAUGACUUAUAUUUUCCAUUUGUAUGUAUCGUCUUUCAUUUUGAAUAAAAU